CCUAAACUUCGACCAUCGAAAAUAAAUUCAACAAGUCACAGCGGCACUGAACUUCACCGGCCGGAAGAAAAAAAAAACGAACUCAGUCGUCGGCCGCCGUCACAAGGUUUUUCUCUCCUCUUUCCUUUACCAAAUUUUCCCCUCUCCUCUCCUCUGGCAGAUAGCAACGCGAUUCCAUCGCGAUUUUCGGCCGCGGCAAUACGAAGCGCACUACAGAAUUGCGUCGUAGCAGAUAUUCACUCCGAUUGGAAAAAAAUACUCUGUAUGAUAAUGACAAUGUUGGGGAAAGCAAGAGAAGGAGUGGCUCCAUUGAUGAAAGUUGUUAGGUUAAAAGGAAUGUGUAUUUUGGAGCAAUUGCAUUUAGAAGAACGGUUGCUUCGAACGAGUUCGGAUAAUUGGUGUCUUGUUAACGAUGGAACUACUUCCCCUGCAAUUGUUAUGGGCUUGUCUGGAAAACUUUCAGAACUUGUUGAAGCCAAAUCAGUGUUGCGAGAUCAUAUACCUGUCAUCAGAAGGUUUACCGGGGGAGGAACUGUUAUUGUUGACAAUGGCACUAUAUUUGUUACACUGAUAUGCAAUAAAGACGCCGUUCCAAAUGUUCAACCCUUUCCCCGUCCCAUUAUGUCAUGGAGUGGUCUAUUGUAUGAUAAAGUUUUUGCACGGAUCGCCGAUUUCAAUCUCCGUGAAAAUGAUUAUGCGUUUGGUGAUCGCAAGUUUGGUGGAAACGCACAAUCUAUAACCAAGAACCGGUGGAUACACCACACAUCUUUUCUAUGGGAUUAUGAAGUCAAGAACAUGUCUUAUCUCAAGUUACCUGCAAAGGUUCCCAAGUAUCGAUUAACAAGAGGUCACACGGAUUUCAUUUGUCGAAUGAAGGAGCAUAUGCCAAGAUCAGAAUUUAUAGAGAGAACUAUAAAGGCGGUCGGAGACGAGUUUUCUGUGAGUCCCGUUAGCCUGGAGUCCAUAAACAUUGAUUCCGCUUCUGAAUAUGUUCAUACUACUAAACUACUAACAGAGCACGAAAUUCGCGAAGCUUCUGUUCUUCAAACUUGAAAACAUAGUUACAAAAAGAGUGACUAAUUUAUUAGUUUCAAUGCAAUGUUUUGAAAUUGUUGUCUGAUCAAAAUUUUCAGACCAAAUUUUGUUGCUCCUUUUCUUCUUCCUUUUGUUACAAUAUUUCAAACGUAUUUGCCAAUAAAUAUUGUCUAUUUCAUUCUGAUUUUCAAC